CUUCCAUAAGGAUAUUUAGGAAAACUAAACCGACCGUAGUGUUGAGGAGACAUCAAGAAUAUGGUUGAAUUACUAGUUUAAAUUAAAUAAUUGGUCUCCUUGUCUUCCUGGACUCCAUUGUUACACAGAUAAGCUUUAUGUUAUUGACACUCAUCAGCACCUGCAUAUUUUUGUAUUGUUACGUGUCAUAAAAUAACGAAAUGUGCUGAUUCUGAGACAGUGACUGAUAAUUGAAUGCCAGCAACAUUACAGGAGCAACAGGGUGUUAAAAAAUGGAAAGAAAAUGUUUACUGUUUAUUUAUUUAUUUAUUUAUUAUUUUUCAUAUUUAACGCAUAGUCUACUGUAACCAAUUUAUACUCUAGAGAUACAGCAAUAUUUUUUUUUUUUUUGACCCGAUGUUAGGUUCAGUUUUCCUAAUCAUCAUCUGGUAGCUUGAUGAAACUAGAUAUAACCAUGUGAUGUCCAGCUUUCUCUCUUCCUCUGCAUAAUAUCAUUCAAGGCUGGCUGCCGCGGUUGUUGGACUGUGUGUGUGCAUGUUCGUGCGUGUGUGCAAGUGCAGAAUAUAUCCCUUUGGUGUGAAAUGCCUAUAGUGAUGUGGGGAAAGCAGUUAUGAAUAACGGUGUUAGGAAAAAUCAUGGCCAACAUUGCAUGUAAUAAUGUAUACUACACUAUAGGUCAGUGGUUCCCAAACUAGGGGGGCGCGCGCCCCCCUGGGGGGGGGGGGCGCGAGGAGGAUACAAGGGGGACGUGAAGUCAUCUGCUCAAAAUUAUUUGUUUAAUUAGAAUAAUAAAAUCAUUCAAAGAACAAAUAUCUGUCAUUACAUACAUGCAAAGUAUAAUUAUAGCAGUCACUCCAACCCGUUUUCUAUUAAGCUAGUUCUCUUUACACGUUUUGGACAAGUCAAUGAUACCAACCACACUGACGCCACUGAGGGACUCGUCACAAACUCCCAAUACUCCAUCCCGUCAACCUGAGCACAUAUUCCCCUUGUCCACGGUUGCUGGCGAGAGGAAUUGUCGUCCCAAACCCUCCAUCAUGGCUGCCGCUCCGACAGUUCACGUCCAUCGCAUUAAGCUCGUCUGCCUCAUGGAAAACGCAGGCAAGGACGUAUUGACCUUCGUGUUGAAGCGUGGCGCUCUGAACGCCCCCACCACGCUACCGGGCGUGUCGCUCAUUGACUACCUCAGCAACCUCCCUCAAGAAUCAUCAGCCAACUAUGGCAAAAUGAAUAAAAAGGAAAAGAAAGGAGCACUAAACCACACCGACCACUGCCAAAUACAGGAGUUCCCUUUAUGGGACAACUUCGAUGUGACUUUACUGUACAAAGUAAUAAAGCUGACAUGCGAAGAUGUGGCCGAAAGUAAAGAUCCCAAAUGGCAUGACUCGAAGACACUGGAGGGUAUGCUAACAAAAAUCAAGAAUGAGCGGAAUAAACUCUUUCAUGAAGUGAGAGAUUUCAGCGAGGCAGAGUACCAGGACAAAGUCAAUGAGCUGGAAAACCUCUUUAUCAGAGUCCUCGUCGCAGCCAAGACCAGAUACUGUAUUCCUGACGCAGAACUGACAUCCAUGCAAGACAACACCCGGCAGAUCAUUGAUAAAUUGAGAAAAUCGGGACUGGAGAAAGAGAUUUUAAUAUAUUAUUCAAGUGCCAUGCGCCAAGAAUUCAUGAGGGAAAGUCAGGCCCACCUCAAAACAUUUUAUGAUAAACUGCAAACCUUUGAUCCUCUGUCCUUCCUUACCAGCUCUCCAAAAUACCACCAUCACAUAAGGGACAUCUUCUGCGGGAUGUCUCUCAUGGAAGAAAGAGGACAUGUCCAACAGAGACGAGACAUCGACACUUACGACAUGCUGACGGUGACGCGCCGUGAACGACAGAAUCCACAGCCGUCCACAUCCUCAUCGGCCGCACCGCCUACGCACGGCGCCAAGCCACAGCUUAUCCUGAUCAGGGGCGUGGCAGGAAGCGGCAAAACGACCCUGCUCACCUUCCUUCUCUCAGAGUGGCUUCAGGACCCCGAUGCCUGUAAUAUCAGACACCUGCAUGAAUAUGACAUCGUGCUGCGUGUCCUGUGCCGCGAGAAGGACGGCCCGUCCCUCCAGGACUUCCUCAAACAGAUCCUCCCGAACCAUUUUACUGUGAUGGAGGAAGACCUCAUCACCCGCUUACAGCAAUGUAAGGUUCUCUUUCUGAUUGACGGCCUGGACGAAUUGUCGCCUGGCAGUCGAUCAGAAAGCCUUGUGACAGACAUCCUUAACAUCUCGAAAUACUCGCCAGACUUCACACUCGUCUGCACAUCGCGACCAGAAACAGUGCAACACUUCCUGAACAAAGUACCUGCUGGCUAUGAGGUGUGGAACAUGGAGAUGAAAAGCGUCAGCCAAGAACAAAGAACUCUUUUCGUUAUGAAGCAUUACGACAGCUUUCCAGACAAUGGAAAGAAGGACCCUGGGAAGCUUCAGUACCUCAUGAGUCAUCUAGGAUGGAGGGAUUACCUCGGCCUCCCCUUGAACCUCAAUUUUGUAGCAACGCUGUUUUAUAUGGAUCCCAACAACAUCAAGAUCACCACCACUCAGACCAGUAUGUACGUCACCCUACGAGACUGGUGCAUACAAAAACUGCAGGCCAGACUCACAGAUCAUCCACAAGACAUACAGACCCUCGAAGAUCACAUCUACAAGGUGCUGGAGGACAUGUACGACGUGGCUCUACAAGCUCUCCUGCAAGACCGAGUCACUCUGUCGGAAGAGGAAGCGCGGAGUCUGAGGAUAUCUUGUCGCCGGAAAGGACUGCCCAGCCAAGAAGUGAUACCAUCAUUCUUCAAUCUUGAAGAUAUCAAUGACAGGCAGGGGCAUCAUCAGAAGUACGCAGCCCCACACAAAAGCCUGCAAGAAUUCUACGGUGCAUCAGGAAUCGUCCAGAAGCUGCUGAAGAGCUCACACUCAAGAGACAUACGACGCAUGCUUUACGAUUCGUCGCGCCAACAGUUCCGGAACUCAAAGAACCUGCUCCGGAACGUGUUAUGUUUUUUCUGUCACCGAAAAACACCACUUCAUGCUUCAGACAUACGACGCAUGCUUCACUUCCCGCUGCCACAACAGCUCCUGAACUUGAGGAGCCUGCUCCUGCACGUGGCAGGCCUCCUCUGCCUCCCACAAACACCACUUUGUGGUCCAGCCAUACAAGAGGUGGUGGACCUGUUGGCAGAGAGUGGGAUUGGGCGUUGUAAUGAUUGGCUGUCCAUGCUGGAGGACACUGAAGCAAACAGCAUUGCCUUGGAUUGUGUUGUCAGACACAUUAUAAGUGAUGAGAGGGAACUGGUAACAAUAACAGACAGCACCAUCACCAGUGCUAGGGCCCUCCUUCCCCUCAUCCCCUCCAAGAGGGUAAUGAUACAACUAAGUAGGAAGGAAUCAGACGUACAGGGGCUCAUCUUUGAACACCACAAGUACACUGAGCUGUCCUUGCGCCACCAAUACAUGCAUCCGGACCAAGCCAUUCUCCAUGACUUCCUGCUGCGUACCACGCCCAGGAGUAACCUUGAGAGGUUCAUGGGUCACCUAAGUGCUGGCGGUAUACAGCUGCUGCAGGAAUGCCAGGGUCUUUGGUACCUCAGCCUGGCCGUGUGUGAUCAAGACGCCCAAGAGGUUCUGACCGCCAUCAAGGCCGUCCACCCGUCACUGCCUCGGUUACGCUACCUCUUUUUACAUGUCCCCGUGCGUACCGUGAGGGCACAGGCGUGCACCACACGGCUGCCUGACUGCCCAUGGGUGUUCCUCGUGUUGUCUGGCGUGGACGAGACGCUGCUGGAGAAGGCGGCUCAGAUAGCUCAGCUCCUGCAGCCCACACAGCACCCAUACUGGAGCAUCACGUUCCCCGGUAGCAGCAUGAAGGCGGAUAUGUGGCGGCGCUGCCUUCACAUGCUGGCCAAUGCCGGUGUCAGGAUGGGGGAAGGUGGUUUUUAUGGUAUUGUAGCACCCCAAACCAGCCCCAUCACGGAGGAGGAGCAGAGAGAGCUGUCUGUCCUUGCCCAGACUAAGAUGUUGGGUAGCUUCGGAAGAGGGCCUGAAGAGCGCCUGUGGUGGUUACUGUAAUCUCCGUAACGGCCAGACUCAUCUGUGCAGGAAGUGGAUCCACUUAUGAGGCAAACAAAUGGACUACACUUAUCUUGCUGCAUUGUUUGUGUAUAACUCUACAGUGUGACUCUACCAGUCUACCAUUCUCUCUCUCUCUCUCUCUCUCUCUCUCUCUCUCUCUCUCUCUCUCUCUCUCUCUCUCUCUCUCUCUCUCUCUCUCUCUCUCUCUCUC